AUGAAGAUAUCAAGUAGAUUACUACGAUAUGAUUUAAAAUCAUUGAUACCAACUAGAAAUUUUCACAAAUCUUCAAACUAUAGAAUUAAUUAUGAACCUAAUCAUUUAGUAAGAAUAUUUGACAACCAAGAUUAUUUCUAUAAAUUCACAAAUGAAAAUUCCAAGACUACAAAAUCACCAUUUUCAUUCAAUAAAUCAGAAACUGGAUUAUUUAAAAAUGAGUUAUUAUCAAAACCGCUGGGACUAAUAGACUUUUCCAAAAAGUCCUUGGUUGAAGCUAAAAGUUUAGUAGAAGAUAUGAAUGACAAGAAUAAAUCAACUCAAAAUCAGCUAGAUUAUGUAAAAAAAUUAGAUCAAUUAUCAGAUAUACUAUGUAGAGUGAUUGAUGUUGCAGAAUUUAUAAGAGUUGUUCAUCCAAGUAACAAAUGGAUUAACGCAGCUCAACAAACUCAUGAACUUGUAUUUGAAUAUAUGAAUCAAUUAAAUACAAAUGUUGAUUUAUAUAAAAACCUAGUUGAACUUUUAAAUUCAAAAGAGUUAAGUUCAAAAUUGACUGAUGAAGAAAUUAAAGUUGGAGAAUAUUUGAAACAAGAUUUUGAAAGAUCAGGAAUACAUAUGGAUCCAAAAACUAGAGAAAAUUUUGUUGCAAUUACUCAAGAAAUAUCUUUAUUGGGCUCAAGAUUCAAUAAUGAGAUAAGUAGUUUGGACUCGAAUUGGUGUGAAAUUACUGAAAAUGAAUUUAAUAAUAUUGAACAUCCAUCUUUGAAACAAGAAAUUUUACAAUAUCAAUCAAAAUAUAAUCAUACUAAAAACCCUAAUUCAUAUUAUGUUCCAUUAAUUGCACAUUUACCAUAUUCAUUAUUAACUAAUUGUAAAUCUGAUGAAUUAAGAAAAAAAAUUUGGGUUGCAUUACAUAACUCAUCAAAAGAACAAAUUGAAAUACUAAACAAUUUUGUUUCAUAUCGAGCAUUAUUAUCAAAAAUGCUAGGUUAUGAAUCUUUUUCUCAUUAUCAAUUAGAACACAAAAUGGCCAAAUCACCAGAAAACGUAAUGGCAUUUUUAACGAAUUUACAAGAAUCCUUAAAAAGUAAAAUUGUUGGUGAAGAAUUAAAAGCUUUAAAUGGCGUUAAAGACGAUAGAAAGAUUGAUUCGACCAGUGAUGAAAUUAUUAAUAAUUUAAAACCAUGGGAUAGAGAUUAUUUAUUGAAUAAAAUUCAAUCUCAAAAACAACAAGAUUCUGAAUUACAAACUAAAAUAUCCGAAUAUUUUUCGGUGGGAACAGUUAUUGCUGGUUUAAAUCAAUUAUUUGAAAAAUUAUAUAAUGUAAAUUUAGUACCUGAAGCAACACUACGUGGAGAAGUAUGGGAUAAUGAAACUGUCAGAAAAUUAAAAGUUAUAGAUCAAGAAAAAAAUGAAAUUUUGGGGUACUUGUAUCUUGACUUUUGGUCACAUAAAGUAUUACCAUCACAUUUUACUAUUGUUUGUUCAAGAAGAUUGAAUGAGUGGGAAAAUAUAGAGGAAUACAAUUCAAAAGUUCAGUUAGAUAAAAAUUAUCAAUUACCAGUAAUAUCAUUAGUUUGUAAUUUUAAUCAACCCUUACAAAAUAAACCAACUUUAUUAUCAUUAGAUCAAGUAGAUACAAUAUUUCAUGAAAUGGGUCAUGCAAUGCAUUCAAUGAUUGGUAGAACUGAAUUACAUAAUUUAUCAGGUACAAGAUGUGCCACAGAUUUUGUUGAAAUACCAUCAGUUCUAAUGGAAUCAUUUAGUAAAGAUUUAAGAGUAUUAACUAAAAUUGGUAAACAUUAUGAAACUGGAGAAUUAAUACCUUUAGAAUUGUUACAAAAAGUUCAUGACCAUAGAAAUAUAUUACAAUCAUGUGAAACUUUUAUGCAAAGUAAAAUGGCAACAUUAGAUCAAACUUUACAUAAUGAAUUAAUAGUUGAAAAAUUAAGUAAGCAAGAAGAAAUAAAUUCAACUAAAAUAUAUCAUCAAGUUGAAAAAAAUUUAAAAAUUUUUGCCGAUUUAUAUUCAACAUGGCAUGGAAAAUUCCCUCACUUAUUUUCAUAUGGAGCAGUUUAUUAUUCAUAUUUAUUAGAUAGAGCAAUAGCUGAAAAAUUAUGGAAUGCAUUAUUUUCUAAAGAUCCAUGGAAUAAACAAUCUGGUUUAAAAUAUAAAAAUGAUAUUUUAAAAUGGGGUGGUACAAAAGAUCCAUGGAAAUGUUUAAGUGAUGCUUUAGAAAUUAAAGAAUUAGCUAAAGGUGAUUCAACAUCUAUGGAAAUUAUUGGUAAAAAUUUAACUUUGUAA